AUGUGGACCGACGCUCGCGGCGCUCGUCACCAGUUCCACGGUCGUCAGCCUGCCUCCAAGCUCGGUAGGGAGAUUGAAGUCCGUCUCAACGCCUUCCCCGUCACUGGUUUGCCUACCAAGCCCAUCUACCAAUACCAGGUCCAGGUCGGCGCUGGUGCUGAGAAGCGUGGCUUGAUCAAAGCCGUCUGGAACAGCAAGGCCACCAAGGAGAACACUGGCCAGGGCUGGAUCUUUGAUGGCAAUGUUCUCGCCUGGUCGUUCCAGAAGAGGGACGAGAUCCGCUAUAACGUCAACCUUGAUGAAGAGGCUGGUCGUCCGGCUCGCAAUGGCCGUACCGACAGUCACCGUGUCACCAUCAAGCCUACUGCCGUCAUCAACUUCACGACUCUCAACGCCUACCUGAGCGGCCAGGCCACGUACGAUCCCAGCAUCCUCCAGGCUAUCACGGUGCUCGACCACAUCAUGCGUGAGACUCCCUCCAACCGCCUGAUUUCCAUCAAGCGCUCCUUCUUCGCCGCGGCCUCUCAGCGCAGCGCCCUUGGUGGUCACGUUGAACACACAACUGGUGUUUACCAAUCUCUCCGUAUCGCUCACCACCCUGGUGGUCACCGUCUGGUCGUCAACGCUGACGUGGCCAACGGCACCUUCUGGCAAUCUGGCCCUUUGUCCAGAGCUGUUGUGGCUGUUGCGAGACUCAGAGACGAGUCCGAGAUCCAGCGAUUGCUUGCACCCAACAACGCCAGAUUUUACGAUCUUCGUCGUCUGAAGAAGCUUCGUGUAAUCGCCGCUCACCGCAAGGGCGCUGAGGACGAAUACGUUAUCGACUCUAUUCUGAGACAAGACUCGUCCCAUCAGCUGAGAUUCAAGGAUGGCAGUACCAAGACCGUCGCCCAAUACUUCCAAACCGAGCACAACAUUCGUCUGAGGAACCCCGGCUGGCCCGUCGUCCAGAUGACCAAGAAGGCCGUGCUACCCUUAGAGCUUUUGAAGCUCAAGGACAACCAGCGAUACACAUUCAAGCUCGACGAGAACCAGACAUCUCAGAUGAUCAAGCGCGCUGUCACUCCUCCCAGCCAGCGUUGGGCCGCCAUCCAGUCUGGCGUCAACUUAAUCAACUGGUCCGCCGACCCUUUCAUCAAGAACUAUGGAAUGUCCAUCGACCAGAAGCCCAUUUCCGCUAAGGCUCGUCUGUUGACCAACCCCAAGCUGCAGUUCGGCGGCACUGGUGCUUCAUCUCAGGCCGAUCCCAGAACAAGUGGUCGCUGGGACCUCAAGGGCAAGAAGUUCGCGUCUAUCCCCCCACCCAACAUCUUCACCACCUGGGGAGUCUGCGUUGUUCCUGGCAGAUUUCAAGUCGACAAGGCCGCCGUUGAGAGGUUUGUCAAGGCCUUUGCUCAGACGUACGGUACUCAUGGCGCAUCACUUCCUCCUACCAUGAUGAACCCUGCGAUCCACUAUCCAUCAAACCCUGACCCUGCCAGCUUCGCACAAGAGGCCUUUACUGCUGCUGGCAACAAGCACAAGCAGAAGCCCCAGAUCUUGAUGUUCAUUCUCAUGGACAAGAACAGCGUCGUCUACGGCAAGAUCAAGAGAUACUGCGAAUGCAAGCUCGGCAUCCCUUCUCAAUGUGUGCAAUACGCCCACGUCCAGAAGGCUCAGCCUCAAUACAUCUCCAACGUAUUGAUGAAGUUCAACGCCAAGUUGGGCGGAUACACCAACACUGCCUUUACCGCUCAGACUGUCAAGGGAAUUCUCGACAACUCCACCGUCGUCAUCGGCGCCGAUGUCUCUCACUCAGCUCCUGGCUUGAAGGGCCCAUCCAUGGCUGCCAUGACUGUCUCCAUGAACGUCCAGGGCACUCGUUACGCUGCUGCUGUCGAGACCAACGGCUAUCGCGUCGAGAUGAUCACCGACGAGAAUAUCGAGAAGCACAUCAUGCCUCUCAUUAGACUCGGCUGGAUGCCCAAGGUCGGCCAGGGCAAGCCUCCUGUCACUGUGGUCUACUUCCGCGACGGUGUUUCCGAGGGCCAGUUCGCUCAAGUCAUCAACCAGGAAGUGGCUGCCAUGAAGAAGGCCUUUGCCAAGGGCAACAUCACUCCCAAAUUCCUGGUCAUCAUUGCUUCCAAGCGCCACCAUGUGCGCUUCUUCCCUCAGAGCGGCGGUGACAAGAACAACAACGCUCUUCCAGGCACCCUCGUCGAGACUGGAGUCACCCAGCCUUACGAAAACGACUUCUACCUCUGCGCUCACGCUGCCAUCAAGGGUACAGCUCGCCCUGUCCACUACAACGUCCUGCUCAACGAGCCUUCGUGGCCCAACGAGAAGAUCCAGACUCUGAUCUACGAGCACUCCUACCAGUACAUCCGCGCAACCACUCCCGUUUCGCUCUUCCCUGCCGUCUACUACGCUCACAUCGCUUCUCUGCGCGGUGCUCACCACAGCAAGGGUUUCGGUGUCGCCGACGACGCUCAGAGCACUGUAAGCCCCAGCGCCGCUGGCGGUCCUGAGCUGGUCUUUCCUCCUCUCUUGCCCAUGGCUAACCCUACAAUCAUGAACCCCAGCAUGUGGUACAUCUAG